UGGUCUUCCAAGUGUGAAUCUCUUCUGGUUUCUUUCAUCAUGUCGUCCAAAUCUGGAGAAAGAGACAGUGACGUCGUCGCGACAAUCAACGCGAAAUGGAUCUCAUGGGCGCAUACAGCACUGGCAUAUUGCGCGUUUGUCGGCGCUCUCGUUGUCGGCAUUUCCCUCCACUAUCACAAGAUAGUCCAAAAUGAGUUCUAUGGAUAUCCACAAGAAUGGUUCCCUUCUGUUUCCGCGACCAUUGGCGAUAGAUACCCGGAGCGGACCGUGUUCCAGCUUUUCAUCGCCUUAACCUCUGGCCCACGAUUCUUGCUUGUUGGUCUCUGGUACAUUCUCACGCGCAAACCAAAUUCGACUCUCCCUAAACUUGUCGCCGGAAUGGGCGUCUUCCGAUCAUUGACAUGUGGUGGAUGGACCUACAUUACUUCGACCGAUGACCACGACUGGCACGACAUUUUCAUGAUUUCCUACCUGGUAGCAACCAUACCUUGGACCUUCGGUUGCAUUGCGCUCAGUCCUAGAAAUCCUGUUGCUUUGAGAUAUCGCAAGCUAUUCUCGGGAAGCUUCUAUGCAAUCAUCUUGCCUUUGAUCUACUUCUUUAUCCAGCAUAAAGUUCACCGCGUGGCCGGAGCGUAUACCACUUACGCUUUCUUUGAAUGGUCGCUGGUGCUUCUCGAUGUGGCUUUUGACGCGGUAACUGUGUACGAGUUCCAACAUUUCGAAAUUCUCAUUAGAGAUGUCAAAGGCAUGAGUCGCAAGCAAGCCGUGUCCGACGUCUUUCUUGAGAAAGAGAAGAACAGCCAGAUCGCCGCUGUACUUGAGCCUGGUUUCUCAUGGAAUGCGCUCCUUAACGCCCUUGCUGAUGUUUAUAAUGGGUUCGUCUAUUGGUCAACCUUGACUUCCUUGGGUGUCUGUGUUUGGUACUUUCCUCUCUGGCAUAUGGGCAUAUCUGGCUACGAGGUGCUGGUGAUGACUACCGUAUCACCAUUUCUUCUGUCCAUCCAAUUUCUGCGAUCCCUCGUUAUUCGCUACAUUCGCAUCUGCCACUUGCUUUCGCUUUCUGGUCUCUUAGCCUACCUGAUUUCGACUCCAGCGAACCGUGUUUUCUGCGUUGGCUUCGGGGUUUGGAUGGCGUCCUUGUCGUGGGCAGCUACUUUUUAUGCAGAGCGAACACGGCCCCAACGUCUCGAAGCUCGCAUCCUAGCAUUCGGUCUUGGCCUGUUGGCAUCGAGCAUUGCCAAAUUUGCCUUUUACACAAAUAAUCCCAUCUGGCCGAUCAUGCAUGAGUCCAAUGGUGGGUGGAAUGGACUUGGCCUUGCAUUCGCUGUCCUUGCUAUAUUGAAAUCCACUGGCUCAACUGCAAGCGCUGGAGAGGACCCCCCGACUCCCGGGUCUAUCAACGGUUCUGCCACAUUAACUAGCUUUGGUAUUGGGGGACUUCUCUUCGCAAUGCAUUCCCUUUUAUCAGACUCCAGCACGAUGAUGUUUUGGGUUUGGGAAGGAUAUCCCGUUCGCGGACCUCUUGCAGUUCCCCAUGGCGCUAUCACUCUUCUUGCCAUGGGCUUUGGGCUGUGUAUGGGUAUAUAUAAGCCAGCUUUGUGUCAAUCAUGGGUAUCAUAUGGCGUUGGAUCAGUUGGCGCAGCUGUUCUCACAACCUCAAAGCAUUGGAAGGGAUAUUACGGUGGGCUUGCUUUGGCCGUCUACGUGAUGUCCAUCACUCCGGUCUUUUUCGGUCAUGCUGCGCGGUUUUCUCCGAGUCGUGCCUUUGGAUUCGGGUUCCUUAUCUACAAUAUUCUGGUUCUAGCUCAUGUGUGGAUUGUGGCAUACGCCUUUGUGCCGGGUGGACCGCUUAUGCGUGAACACACUGACUGGGUCAUGACUGCUAUGAUGCUCUGCAUUGGUGCGGGCGUUUUCAGUGCGUCUAUGCAACCUUUGAGUGAAACGAUGAGAGAAAAACAGUCCAAAGGCUCAAGACGAUACUAUCUGAUCGUACUCGGAUUCCUGGAGCUUCUUGCGAUCGCGAUCGCCUAUGUACGCUUCCCUUCCUACGACUACACACCCUACCACCCCGAAACAAAAUCCAUCACCGCCGGUAUAUGGACGGUACACUUCAGCCUGGACAACGACAUGUGGAGCUCUGAGCGGCGCAUGCGCGACCUAAUGAAAGACCUGGAACUCGACGUAAUUGGCCUCUUAGAGUCGGAUCUCCAACGCAUCAUCAUGGGGAACCGCGACACCACGCAAUUCCUCGCGGAAGAUCUGGGCAUGUACGUCGACUUUGGCCCCGGCCCCAAUAAGCACACAUGGGGUGCGGCACUCCUAAGCAAAUUCCCCAUUGUCAAUUCCACACAUCACUUACUCCCUAGCCCCGUCGGCGAACUCGCACCCGCGAUCGAAGCCACCAUCAACGCAUACGGUACCUUGGUAGACGUUUUCGUCUUCCACUCUGGACAAGAAGAAGACCCAGAAGAUCGUAGGUUGCAAUCGCUGUACAUGGCCGACCUCAUGAAAGCCACACCUAGACCCGCCAUCCUUCUCUCUUAUCUCGUCAUCAAGCCCUUCCACGGCAACUAUAACACGUACGUCGGCGAGAAGAGCGGCAUGCGGGAUAUCGACCCCAGCGAUUGGGAUAGGUGGUGCGAGUAUAUCCUCUACAAGGGCAUGAAGAGAACGGGAUAUGCUAGGGUCUCUAGACAUACCAUCACCGACACCGAGCUACAGGUCGGCAAAUUCGUCGUCGAUCAGCCCGAAGGCACCGAUCUCAUCGUCUCGGAGGAGAUUGUGCCCAAAGGGCUGAGGUUUCCCGAGAAACUGCGUGGGAAAGGCGUUCGAGGCCAUCGGUACCAUGUCUUCAAUGCUCCGCGGUACUAUUAUUGA